AUGGUGAGUGGCCAUCGUGGUUCCAUCGUUUUCAAUCUGUAUUGUGUUGUAUCCGAUAACGUCAAAUGACACCUCUUUCGUAAGAUUUCUUUAAAAUGCGAUAGAGUUUUUAGCGUCCAGUUAGAAUAUAUAGUCGCCAUUUUUAACCGGCCUUUUAACCUUGAGAGUGAUGUAUAAAAACUUUGGCUCUCGCCAAGUCGUUAUUGUUGCUAACUAAUAAUUUCUUUUCUUUUCCCUUUUUCAGCCGAACUUCACGAUAGACCAGGUAAGUCGGGACCUCAAAAAACUGUUUUCAAUCUUUUGUAUUUUGAAUGAGGGAAUUUGUGUGAAACGUGGAAUCAUACAACGAAAAAUUUGUGCGAUGCAACUAUCAAGUCCUUAACGGUUGUCUUUUCUAUAAAUAAGAAUCGUUAAGCGGGAAGGUUAUUUACUUAAUAACUAGUAGAUUGAUAAAAUCGCAAGGCAAAGGAAAGGAUCGCAGGGAAAAUUAUAUUUACCAUGAAGUUUUAGCACAAAUAAUUAACUGAGUGUGACCGAUCUCUCUGGUAUCACACCACCGGAAGUAUCGAAUCGUGUUCAGAAAAGGUUGAAAUGGGUGAAUUACGUCACUACUGACGUCUAAUCGAGCCAAAGAUCGUUUCAAACCCUUUUUAGUCGAUGGUAAAUUGCCUUGAAUGUGGUAGAAGGAACCAGUUGUACUCAAAACUCCUGUUUCGUCUUCAUGCAAUUUUUUUAGUGUGCACACUUUCUUCAUUUACAACAAUUUGUUUACAGUCUGAUAAUUUCACAUAGAAAUAAUCUGGAAGUGGUUUUUGUCUCUUUUCCCAGGGGAAAGAGUUGAACAAAACUCUUUUUCAGAUGCAUUAUGCGUUGGGGUUUUUUUCUUUUCCUUUCUUUUCUUUUCUUUUCUUGAGAAUUUGUGCAAGUGCAACAGCAUAUCCAACAGGCGAUUUUUGCUCAGAGCUUGCCUUUUUAAUGCUUCUUCCAUUAACUUAAACUGUUCCAAGGGCUCUUUUAUUAUGGAAUCCAAGCUUGAUAUAGUUUUGCACACCACAAAAAUGCAGGUCAAACAACAAAUUCUCACAACCAAUUUACAAAGAAAUGUGUAACAUCUAGAGGGGAGAAUUAACAAUCAGAAUUAGGAGUUAAAGGAUUAAUGAUAGAUCAAGUAGCCAUUAAAAUAUCCUUUCUCCAUAGUAGUCUUCUUUCUCUCUAAUAAGCUAGGAUAUCCUACCAUUUAUGUCAGACAGCAUCUCAAAUGGCAUUUCACUGUGUUGGAUGGGCUCUAAUUUUAUUUGGUUUUGCUUUGGUUGCAAAAUACUGAUAAGUAUAGUGCAAAGAAAUCUUUGGGUUAAGAUUUUUUUUUAAAAUAAGAGCUGAAGGCAACUUCAAAUAUGACAGAUUUUUUCUUUGCUCAGCUUUAAUAAUUUUGCCUCAAUGGAAAGAUUGUGAAGAACAUAUGAUUUUAACCCUUUACACUUUAACUACAAAUUCUCCUUAAAGAACAGUAAUUUCUCCUCACUGUUCUUUAUACAUUUCCCAUGGUACGCACAAGGGAAAGAAGUGUCCAACAAUCAAGAGCUUAUGGAGUUUGCUAUCAUUUCCUUUAUUCUAGUGACCUUAACAUUGGUUUUGGGGCUGAUACUAAGGGGAGAGAUAAGAUGCUUACCACUCUUGGGGUUAAAAAUCAAUUCUGUGUUAGUGUAAAUUUUGGCUCCUGGAUACAAAAUUUAGUCAAAAUCCCCUUACUUUGGAGGUGAAUGAGCAUUUUUUAUUAAAUGGUCUGUCCCAUUGCAUAGUUUCAUAUUUCAGUUGUUGCCAACUGGACAGAAGAAUAAGCAGUAAUUUUUAUAUUUCCAAUUAAUAUCAACCAUAAGGAGAAAAUAAGGGACCACCAGGGACAAUAAAGUUUGAUCCAUUUUAAAGGACGAUAUUGAUUGGUGACCUGAAUAUGUAGCCUUUUAAUAAUAUCACCUGUUCUUUUUAGAUCCGUGGGAUCAUGGACAAAAAGAACAACAUUCGUAACAUGUCUGUUAUUGCUCAUGUUGACCAUGGAAAGUCCACCUUGACAGAUUCUUUGGUCAGCAAAGCUGGAAUUAUUGCAUCCGCAAAAGCUGGUGAAACAAGGUUUACAGACACCAGGAAAGAUGAACAAGAGCGUUGCAUUACUAUCAAGUCAACGUAAGUCUUAGAACUUGAGUCUUUUUUCAAAGUUAUGGCCUCUUCUGUAAAAGGAAAUUGUCCAUGUUGAAACAUCAAACUUAAAGAGGGGUUAGGAUAAAAAGCAAGCCACAUCUGGAAAAUUGUGGAAACUGUUUGAGGGUUGAGCACAAGAUAACAUUUUUAAUGUCACUUGCACCACUCAGAUAACUGAAGAAGAAGCAUUUAAGAGUAUGAUGUGAAAAUUAUGCAUGCUAAUCCUGUAAAAGUAUACAUUUUCUUAAAGCUUAAUAAACACUGAUUUUGGAUAUAUAAUUUAUUUUCAUAAUUUGUGCAACAGAACAGAAUGAGAGCUUAGUCAUUCAUGCUGAGAAAUUUUUCUAGAUAAGUUUAUUUGUCAAUGCAUUUUAAUCAACACUUUUUUGUUGGACUGUGAUCUGCACAUAUUGAACUAAAAAAGUUUGACUGGGAUUUGUAAUUUAAAGCCUGGUUAUUAUUUUAUCAUUUUUUAACUUAAAAGUAGCGCUUUUGAGCAAAGUUUUCACUGUUACAUUUUGAGUGUAGCUCUCCUCCAUCUGCCUGACCUCUUUCUUCCUCUCUUUGCUGGUUGAAGCACCUUCCGUUUCAGCACAAAUGGCUACAUAUUCAUGUGUCACAUGUAACCUUCUCAACCUAAUAACUCCUUACAAAUUGUAUGGGCUCUUUGCCUUCUACCAUGCAUCAGCAUUGACAGGCAAAACAAAUGGCUUAUUACAAUGUGAUUGGGUAACAGCCUUCACAGGUGUGAAGUGGAACACAUUUAUGUAAACAAACAUCAAUGCCCCUUAAAAUUUUAAAGUUGCUUAUUCUGGUAAAGUGUUUUGAUCCUUGAAGACUUUAUUCUCAGCUAGUAUUCGCUUAAUUUUGAGGAAAUUUGGAGAUUGUUGGAAAUAUACUGAACCCAAAAGAGUGUCUCAGAUUUUUUAUUUUCCUUCUCUCUUGAGAUUUAGCCUCUAUCUCUGCUUCUUUUUCAAUCUCUGAUACCUUAAAGGUAUCUGUCAAUCUACCUCCAGCGAUACCUCAAGACAAAAGUGAUGCCUUUGUGCUAGGUGAUAAUUUUGUGAUCCAAAUGUCUAUUCCAACUUAGGGCCAUUUCUAUGUACUAUGAACUGUCAGACGCAGAUAUGGAAUUUAUCCAAGGUGAAAGUGACGGAAAGGGAUUCUUGAUCAAUCUCAUUGACUCACCAGGACAUGUGGAUUUUUCAUCAGAAGUUACAGCUGCUUUGCGUGUGACUGAUGGUGCUCUUGUUGUAGUGGACUGUGUCAGUGGUAGGUAUUAAAGAUGAAAUUUUAAGUUCUCUUCACUUCAGAAUCCUUGUGGAAGGAAAUCAAAACCCAACCAACAUCAUUAUCUUAACCCUAACACCCCAACAUUAGUAUGCAUAUUCUCCACACUUUUUCCUACACAUUUCCUCUGAUGUUAAUAAGGAGAAUUUGCAAACAGUGAAGAGCUUUGGUUAGCUAUCAUUCCUUUCUUGUUAUGACCUUGAUGUUUGAUUCAGAGGUGAUACCAUAAAGAGAAAGUAGAUGGCAGUCAAUCUUAGGGGUCAAAGGGUUAGUUAAGUCUCUUAAUGGUUGUAGCCAAAAUGAAGACCCCUGGGAACUAAAACCAAGGACCUGCAACCAGAAAACAAAGACCCCUCUAUUUUCUAUAUUUAUUAUGAUCUUGUGAAGAUUUCAAUGACAGAUGAGUUUGAUCACAUCCUUUAUCACUAUCAGUAAAGAAAAUAAGGGAUCUUGGUUUUCAAGUCUUAGUUUUUAGGUCUUAGUUCUUAGCUUUUGGGAUGUUCGUUUUUGCUUCAACUCUCUCUUAAUCCUAGCUUGCAUUAUUGAACUUGGACUCUUCUUAUACUGAAGUUAACUGAGUUAAUGCUUUGACCUUCAGAGUGACUUACAUCCAAUUUCUCCUCAUAACAUCUCCCAUGAAUCUUACAGUAACCUUUCAAGAGUGAAGGAAAUGAUCACCAACCAAAAAGCUCUUGAUUGAUAAAACAGAUCCUCAUUGUUAGCAUGUUUGGAAAUGUUUUUCUAGGUUGAGGCAAACACAAGGCAAAUGUUAAAUGCUUUUUGCUGAAAACAAAAGCAUAACACUUAACCAGGAAUGAUAAGUAGCAUUUCAAUUUUUAAACUAUGAGGAGUUUCUCUUGUCCCUGCUUAGGUGUUUGUGUCCAGACUGAGACAGUGUUGCGGCAGGCCAUAGGUGAGCGCAUCAAGCCUGUGCUUUUUAUGAACAAAAUGGACCGUGCACUUCUAGAACUGCAGCUAGAAAUGGAAGAUCUUUACCAAACUCUCCAACGUAUUGUGGAGAGUACCAAUGUCAUCGUGGCAACUUAUUGUCCUGAGGAAAGUGGUCCUAUGGGGAAUAUACAGGUAAGACUAACAUGGGGAAGAAGGUUUGUUAUGGAUUAUCUGCUUUGAUCUUGCAUUAUGGGAAAAGACAACAGCCAAGGCACUAGUACAUGUAACUACCAAUGAGGGUGCCUUAAGUAUUUUGGGUUGUUUUUAAAAUAUCUCGCCAUGAUAAUUCUGCAAAAACAUUCGAUCUCAUUUGAAAUGAUGUUCUACUGAUAAGGAUAAUCCUUUUGUUCAAUUUUCUGUAGAAACAUGAGUAAAACUCUAUAAAUGAAGAGUCAUAAAACUAGAUAAUAAAGAAUCAAGGAUGACUAUACUAAUAGAAUUUCUAAGAUGUUUUACAAAAUACCAAUUGUAUUUUUAUUACCUGAAAUAUGUAAAAGGAAAGGUAAAUUCAUCCUUUUCAUAGCUGCAUUGAAGUAACCGUUUGAACUUAAUUUAUUUCUGAUUUUCUUGAAGGUUUCUCCAGAGAAAGGUACUGUUGGUUUUGGUUCAGGACUCCAUGGUUGGGCCUUCACCCUUAAACAGUUUUCCGAGAUAUAUGCUGCUAAGUUCAAGCAACCGCCCUCAAAGUUUAUGAAACGUCUUUGGGGUGACCAGUUUUUCAGUGCAAAAGAUAAAAAGUGGAAUAAGACUGGUGGUGAUGGUUACGUGCGUGGGUUCAAUCAGUUUGUACUUGACCCAAUUUACAAGGUGAAAUGACUUUCAGUGCUUUGAUAGAGACCUAAGUUUCUUAGGCUAUUAAUGUUCAUCUUUGGGGAAAGACAGCCAGCCAGCAGUGAACUUUUUUUACUCUUGCACAAUUUAACUAGUAGCCCUUAGAACACUUUGAUUCCUUGAGAAACACGGCAUAAUUUCUUCAACAGAAUGAUAAUCUUGUGGGAGCCUCUGCUUCUCCCCCACUAGAUGGUCUAGAAGGUCACUCCCUAGAAAAUUGCCAAAAAGGUUGUCAUUUCCUUAAGUAAUUGAAUCAUGGUGUGAUGAAUAAAUCAAAAGAUAGAUCAUAAGAGCAUUUACAACCAACUAAUAUGUCUGAUGCUAACCUGGAAAUGAAACCAAUGAGUUACAUUCCAGAUUUUGUGUACAUAUAGCAAGCAUAAACAUUUUGGGGGCAUUUAAAUUGUGCAGAUCAUUAGUUUUUGGUCUUUUAACCCUUUUACUCCCAAGAUCAAAAAUUCAAUUCUCUUUACUGUCUGGUAUGCAUUCAUAUAAUUUGAGCUCUGAGAAUUUGGUGUUAAAUCAAACAAUAUCCACUAAUUGAUAUGUUUUAUUCUUUGCAACACCCUUCUGCCUAAACUGUAUCGAAACUGUUGGGAGAAUUCCAAUUUGGUCACUCAUUGGAGUGAAUAAGUUAGGGAACAAUUUUUGUGAUUCACUUGCAAUUGCAUAAGUAGUGGUACUCAAACAUAGGUUUUCAACAUUAUCCUAAUGAUUGUCUUGCAUAUCAAAGAUGAAUAACGAUCCUGUAGGAAACACAAUUUAGUGAGUUAGAACUUUUGAUAAUUAACUUUGAUAAUUUUUUUCUUUUCUUUUUUAAUUUUCUAUUUAUGUUUUUGUUUUAAGGUAUUUGAUGCCAUCAUGAAUUUCAAGAAAGAGGAAACUGCAAAACUGUUGGAGAAGUUGAAUGUCAAGCUAACAGGUGAUGAGAAAGAUCUGGAAGGUAAACCAUUGUUAAAGAAGGUCAUGCAGAAAUGGCUGCCAGCUGGUGAUGCCUUGCUACAGAUGAUCACCAUCCACCUGCCAUCCCCAGUCACAGCUCAGAAGUACCGUGUGGAGUUGCUCUAUGAAGGACCUCAGGAUGAUCCAGUUGCCUUGGGAAUUAAGAACUGUGACCCACAAGUAUGCAGAUACUGAAAUUACAUUUAAUUGCUAUGAAUAGUCUGCUGGGAAACCUCCCUCUUCUCCCACAUAUAAGGGAAUUUAAGUUGUUGUGGUGAUAAUGCUAGGGAAAUGCUGAUUAAGGAAUUAAGUUUCAUUUUUCUAUUUUAUUUUGCUUAUAGAACUUGUUGUGUUUAUGAUCUCUAAUGACACAAAUUCUCCGCUCCAAGCAAAUGAAUGCAUAUUUUCUCAUGAUGAACAGCAAAAGGGGUACCUAAUGAAAGGCCUUAAUCUCAACUCAGAUUUGGCAUAAAUUUUGUGUGCAAAACCUCAAUCUAAAUCGGGGUUUCUGAAAGUCAUUACUCUACUGAUUGUCAUCAAGGAAAUUUAAAAAGAAAGGAAGAUCUGAUGGGGCAGUGAAUCAACUUUGAUUUCACCAAAUUCAGUCAUUCAGUCAGCAAAGCCCAAUUCACAGUUAUUCCUAAAAAUGCAUUUUGGUUAUAAGAUGGCUCAUACACCAAAAAACUCUCCAAUUUUGUCAGCAAGUGAUAAAAAAGAUUUUUUUUUUGUGGUUGGAAAUCUAUUUAAGCAAUACUUUUAAAGUGGACAAAUUAUCUCUCUUUUUAUUUGAGGAAGUAAACACCCUGAAACCAAAGCAAAUCCUACUUGUUCAGCAAGAGCUAAUAAUUACUAUGGAACUUGAAUACAGACAUUUUUUAGAAACAGAUGGUGAUUUAAAGUCUAAUGAAACUACUUGUGGCAUGCUUAGGUAUCACACAAUCAACUGUAAUGUCUUUAGUUUUGCAUAUUUACCUGAACAGUUCAGGGAAAGAUAUGUAACCAGCUCUAGGAAACAGAACUAGUAAAACGUCUAUUGAUAAGCUCCACAUUGAAAUUCUUAUCUCACUUAAACUGGGUUGUGUGAUUUUUGCAGGCCCCCCUGUGUCUGUAUGUCUCCAAGAUGGUCCCAACUGUAGACAAAGGUCGCUUCUACGCUUUUGGACGUGUGUUUUCAGGAAUUGUUGAAACAGGACAGAAAGUGCGCAUAAUGGGUCCAAAUUAUGUACCUGGAAAGAAGGAAGAUUUGUACAACAAAAGCAUUCAGAGGUUGGUGGUGGUGUUGGAAGAAUUAGAUUGUCAUUGUUAGUUUGUUUUUGGUCUUUUAUUUUUCUUUUUUUUCUUUUUUUUUUUUACAAAUUUUUACUCAGCAAAACCAUUCAGCAUUUAAAGCUGUGACCAUUUUAAUCACCAAUUUAUAAAUUUGUGUGAGACCACACAACUACAUAGAUGCAUAACACAAAAAAUGGUGUACAAGCUGCAUAGGUUAGUAUGGUUUGCAAACAGAAAGUAUUCUUGGUUUUCAAUCUUAGUGACUCAACCUGCACGUACAUGCAAUGAAGCAGCCAAAAUAAAGGAACUCUCUAAGACUUCACUUGUGGUUUCUUUACAAAAACUUUUUUUCCAAAGUGUAAGUUCCAAAACUCGGGAUGUCACUUAUACACUGUAGUUUACAGUCACUUAACUUUAGAAAGGAGUUUAUUAACACCACUCUGCUAUGGUUAUUCUGCAACUCUUUGACAGGAAGUUAGGGUAGCACUUACAGUGUACAUGAAAAUUGUAAAAAGUUAACCAGAACACAUGUUUAAUGGGGAAGAUAGUUACUAUUUCUAGUGCUUUAUUCAAUAACUCCUCAGUAGGUCACAGUUAAUUAUUCCUUUGAGCUCUAAACUUCUUGAGCUUUUAUGUUCUUUUAUGUUCAUUUCCUUUUUAAUGUUGUUCUUGUUAGGACAAUUUUGAUGAUGGGGCGCUAUAUUGAAGCCAUUGAAAAUGUUCCCUGUGGCAACAUUGUUGGUUUGGUUGGUGUUGAUCAGUUCUUGGUCAAAACUGGCACUAUUACGACCUAUGAACAUGCCCACAAUUUGAAGGUUAGUAUCAUAAACGACAAAAAUUAUUCAAAAUUGCCUUCCAAUUCUCCAAUAGAGGUGGCUUUAGAGUAACCUUAAGUUCUAGACAGUGGAUUUUCUAGUUUCAUUAGGGUUUACAUGAACCCUUUGACCCCCAUGAGUGGUCAAGAUAGGAUUUUCCCUUAUAUUAUCAAGCAGACAAGUGGUAAGAAUGACAAAAAAUAUUAGUUAGGGAUAGACAGUAAGGAGAAUUACUAAUGAGGUUGUAGGAGUGACUGGGCUAAGAAAUGUAGCAGUGCUAGAAUACUAUACAGUCACUGGAGAAAAAUAUUCACAAGUGAAUCAAAGGCCACUCAGGCCAUGGAGAUUUAGGCAGUCAAUUCUUUGAUCUCCAGUGCCAAAUGAACCUCAGUCCAUGGUAGCUAUAAUGUUCCACUCUCAACUACCCCCAAAAUAAGUAUCUCUUCGGAAUUGCCAUUGAAUUUCUUGUUUUUCAGCAAAUGAAAUUCUCAGUGUCGCCAGUGGUUCGUGUUGCUGUCGAGGCUAAGAACCCAUCUGAUUUGCCGAAGUUGGUGGAAGGUCUCAAACGACUGGCUAAGUCUGAUCCUAUGGUGCAGUGUACAAUCGAGGAAAGUGGUGAACACAUUGUGGCUGGAGCUGGAGAAUUACAUUUGGAAAUCUGUUUGAAGGAUUUGGAGGAGGACCAUGCUUGUAUUCCCUUGAAGGUACUACCUGCUUGAGUUUAAAAAAAAAAAAUUGAGAGGGGUUCGGUCAGCCUAUCCAAAAUCUGUAAGAAACAGGGAGGGGAAAAAGGUUAGGGAAAUUGGGUUCACGUUUUUAUAGUUCCAUGUAAAGGAAGUACACGCCACUGUUGUUCCUAGCUGUGCUCUUUCUGCCUUUUGGUGAGCUUUUCAAUCAUUUUUGUGCUUUUUUAAGUUGUGAUACGGUGUAUUAAAGUAAACGGUGCUUUGCAGAUAACCUUUUUAAUCGUUAUUUAUGUUUCAAAUUUUUAUGUGUUUGCAUUUUAGAAAUCAGAGCCAGUGGUAUCGUACCGUGAAACAGUUACAGAGUUGUCAAGUCAAACGUGCCUUUCAAAGUCGCCAAACAAGCACAAUCGUUUAUUCAUGACAGCUGAACCUUUCCCUGAUGGACUUGCUGAAGCUAUAGACAAAGGAGAUGUGCAUUCCAGACAAGAGAUAAAAGCCCGUGCCCGCUACUUGAGUGAUACCUUUGAUUGGGAUGUCACAGAGGCACGUAAAAUUUGGUGCUUUGGACCCGAGGGAACUGGUCCAAACAUGGUGAUUGACACAACCAAGGGAGUGCAAUAUCUGAAUGAAAUCAAGGAUAGUGUGGUAGCUGGAUUCCAGUGGGCUACCAAGGAAGGUCCCCUCUGUGAGGAGAACGUCCGCGGUGUGAGGUUUAAUAUCAAGGACGUCACUCUUCACACAGAUGCAAUUCACCGUGGUGGAGGGCAAAUUAUUCCUACAGCUCGUCGCUGUUUCCUAGCAUGCAUGUUGACUGGGAAGCCAAAUUUAUUGGAACCAGUUUACUUGUGUGAAAUCCAGGUAAAAGAAUCCUGAUUUGUGUAGUUGUCAACCGUAAAUUGUCUGCUGACCUCAUUAGGAGAGGUUGCAAUGCACUGUAUGUGAAAGACUUCAACUACCAGAAGUUAUUUAUAUGUAACUUCUCUUGACAGUAUCCGGGGGGUAUAAGAGCAGAUAAACUUGUUCUUUUAACUCCUAUGAGUGACCAAGACAGAAUUCUCCUCUCAAUAUCAAUACGGCAUCAAGUAGACAAGUGAUGAGAAUUAAGACAUAUAUCAACCAGGGGAUUCUUAGUGUAUCUAUUAUUAUCAUAUUUCUGAAGGACUAAGAUCAUUUAAUUGGCUCUCUAUAAAGAUAGACUUUAAUUGAACGAUGCAACUAUUAUUUUCAAAUGCAUUCAUAAUCUUGCCUCAGAUUACCUUGCAAAUAAGUUUGGGCUACAUUCUGUGUUCACAACAGGCAAACUUGAUCAGCCAGUACCCUGGAUACACCUCUUUGCCACCUUUCAAACUGGUCAGAGGUCUUUUGCUUAUAGAGGAGCAAAACUGUGGAAUUCACUAAGCAGCAAUCUUAAGUGUCUAAAAUGUUCCAAGAAAUUUAAGCGUCAGUUUACUAAGCUGCUAUAAGGUUAACUUUAUUAUUCACUAUUUUUAUUCUUCUGAUUGAUAUAUCUAUAGAGAGAGAGAGCUGUAACUAUAGUUUUAUAUUCUUCAAUUUUAGUUUUAUUUCUUUUAACCAUUUGUAUUGAUGCUAAAAAACCCAUUCAGGAAGCUUCGAUAAAGAUCUGUAUCUGUAUCCAUUACCAAAUUCUCUUAACUAUCAUCCUAAGAGUUGUAUAGGAGACAGUUAAGAGAAGUACUAAUGAGAUCUCGGGAAUGAAAGGGUUAAUAGUUAAAUGUUGAGGAAUUCACAGAAACUAGUGUGGACAAUUAACCAAGGUAUCUGAGAGGUUAUCUAUUCAUACCUUGCAGUGUCCAGAAAGUGCUGUUGGAGGAAUCUACGGAGUACUAACUCGAAGACGAGGGCACGUCUUUGAAGAGAAUCAAGUUGCUGGAACCCCCAUGUUUCAAGUAAAAGCCUAUCUUCCCGUCAUGGAAUCAUUUGGUGAGUGCUUUGGCCAUUUGUAGGAAUAUAAAUUUCUUGCAACUUUGCCUUAGGAAGUGAAGUCAACAUAACAUGAAAUUUGAAUAAAGGGGUAAGUUUCUAAAGAAACUGUGGUGCUGCGUCGGUGGGAGAGUAUAUCAGGUAAUUUAGUGUUAACAACUGAGUUGAAAACGUAAAUUAGCCACCGUAAAGGGUAAAAAAGCUGACGUUUCGAGCGUUAGCCCUUCGUCAGAGCGAUGGACGAAGGGCUAACGCUCUGACGAAGGGCAAACGCUCGAAACGUCAGCUUUUUACCCUUUACGGUGGCUAAUUUACGUUUUCAACUAAGUUGUUAACACUAAAUUACCUACCACAUGAAAUUUCUAGGUAAUCCGAAGUCACUGCACUCUGUCCGUACAGUUACAAAAUAAUGCACAAUAGUAUCUUACUCAAUUAUAUUUCUGCUUUGUCCAGGUUUCACUGCAGACCUUCGUUCCAACACUGGUGGCCAGGCCUUCCCUCAGUGCGUAUUUGACCAUUGGCAACAAAUGACGGGUGGUGACCCCAGUGAUCCAGCUACGAAGCCCGGAACGAUUGUGGCUAAUACAAGGAAGAGAAAGGGUCUGCCAGAAGGAAUACCACCACUGGAUAGGUUCUUGGAUAAAUUGUAGGGUUUGGUCCUACUUCCAGAGGAAUCAUUUUCUUUACAAGUAAUCUAAGACCAAGUUGAAGUGUAACCAGCUGAGAAAGAAGGCUUACUAUCAAAAUAGCAAUAUUGUUGUAGUGCAUGUUAGUCGUCCAGUUUGCAAUUACAGGCAUCGCAAAAGAUGCUUUGGGAAUUUUUUAAAUGCUGUUUCCCAACAGCCGGAUAACUCAAUAAAAUGCAAUGUAGCUCUACUGGGCUUCUUGUUUAGACUGCUACCUAUUUUAAACUAUGUAAUUAAGUGGUGGAAAUCUCAAGCAUUGCUUGAAACAAGAUAUGCUGCAAUUUUGUAUGGCACGUUUUCAGUGUCAAAAUUCAAAACCUCGCAUCAGACUUGCUAUUUUUCUAUUCAAAUAUUCAAUCCUGUGAUUAAAACCUGGAGCUCUUUCAUUCAAAUAUGAUAUCCUUCUAUUCCGAUUUUCCAGUUCUUCAAUCAAACUUCUUGUUUGACAAUUCAGAUACGCUAUUUGGUUACUGAAGCAUCCAUUGUUUCAAUUCAAAGCAACAUUUCUUCGAUUCAGUUAUGCUCUUUUUCUAUUCAAUAGUGCAAUCCUUCGUUUUAAAAAUGUUUUUCUACUAGCCAAACAUUCAGUCGUUUAAUUCAAAAUAGUCAGUUCCGCAAGUAAUGAAAUUGAAAUGCUAUCCUUCUAUUUCAAUAUGCAAUUCUUUACCGCAAAUCUACUAUUUGUCGAUUCAAAUACACUGUGC